UGGUUUUGUUUUAUUUUAAAUAAUGAUAAUUUAAGCUUAACCCUCGCAUAAGUUACAGCAGUGUUUUAUACAUUUUAUCAGUAGAAACAAAAUAGCCCAGCUUCUGUUGCUUUGCAUGUUGCCCGGUGUCCUCCAUCGUGCUGCAGAGGCUGUCAAUAUUUUACAAGUUUGAUGUGGAUCUGUGCUCGGUGAAAGCAUCAGCAUGGAAAUGGUGAAAAUAGAACAAGUCAUUGUUGGAAAUGAAAUGAAGUCCUCCUCUGCGGAGACCAAGUCUGACCCUGUGGUCGCCCCGCAGUACUAUCACCAUGAGAGUCUGCAGUGUUUUCAUUGCCUGAUUGUCUUCAGAGACCUCAAAUCCAAAGAGAGACACAUCAAGAGGAACCAUCGGGAUGAGUACACGCAUCAUCUGCAGCAGAAUAAUACACUGUUCAUGUGCUACAAGUGUAACAGCUCUUUCUCCACCGCUGAAGAGCUCAGCCAGCACCAACCUACACACUUUACUGAAGAAAAACCAUUUGCCUGUUCCCUCUGUCAAAAAAGAUUCAGCACCUUUACUGAGCUAAACAAACACACACGAAAGGAUUGCGGGGAGCGGCGGUAUCUUUGCGAGGACUGUGGCGCCCGGUUUCCCCUUCCCUUUCGACUCCGCAAACAUCGCAUCGCAAUGCAUCCUGAGAAGAAGGAUGCAGCCGAAGACGGCGACACGUUUCAGUGCUGUAAAUGCGGUGUUGGUUGCCAGACGGAAGAAGAGCUCCUGCAGCACCAAGAGGAAUUUGUGAACUGUGAUCUCAGGGAGUCACAAGGCAAAAAGCGGGCCAGUGAACCUACGUCCUCAUCUGAAGAGGUGGACGUUGAUAAGAAGAUCAAGCAAGAAGAGGUUACAAAGGGAUAUGAAGGCUGCAGUGACUCAACAACUGUGGGAACAUCUUCUGUGGAGCUUAAAAUUCCCUGUCCUGAAGAAGACUGUGAUUGCACGUUUUCUUCAGUUGAAGGCUUGCGUGUACACAGAAAAGACCAGCACGGCCCUCGUUCUCUGACGGCUCCCAUCUCUGAAUACACCUGCCUUACGUGUGGGGAGAGCUUUGCAAGAGAAAGUACUUUAAAGGCUCAUCAAAUCUGCCAUAUAAAGAAAGAGGAGGUUGUUGAACAGAGAUGAUACACAAGGAGAAAACUACCCCUCGGUGCCGCAUCAUCGUGUCAUUCAUGUUGCUAGAUUAAGGUUUUUAACUUGAUAUUUUAGAGUGAGUUCAUAAGGCAAAGUCUACACCUCAUAUUUCCGAUUGUUUCUGGAACAUUGUUUGCGUUUCCUUUUAAUGAAAUACCCUACACUGAAAACUAGUCCUCCUGUGUGUAAAUAAUCAUGACUUAUUUUUGUGAUGUAAUCAUGUCAAAAAUGCCAUUUAUAUGGUUCAUAUUACCUCCGUAUUAUCCUAAACGUUUGAUAUUGAUAGUGCAGUAUAUAAGUGAUUGUUUCUUGGGUUGUGGGCCUAUUUUGUAUUUAACUUGAAAGUAUUUUGCUUUCAGCAAAAUGUGUAAACAUGACACUUGGACAAUAGACUUAACAUAAGCAAAAUAAAAUAUUAUAAACAGUUCCGUUUAUAGGACUCUGUACCAUAA